CUCACUUCAUGUGUGGCGCGGCUGACGAACGUCCGUCGCCGAACAGUCUCCGUGCAAUCGUUCUCGAUACCGCAACGGCUUCCUCUUCCUACCAGCAGCGAUUCGCCAUUUUUUCCGCAAGGUUCGUCAAACUGGCACGAUGGAUCUUCUUGGAUCGUCCAUUCCUGGCGAUGUUGGCCUGCGUUUGCUUUUGACCCCUAUUUGUUCGAAUAUUGUGAUUAGAACUGCUUGCUGCACUGUGGGGACUGUUUUACCAGUGUACUCUACUUUCAAGUCUAUAGAAAGUAAUGAUCAAGAAGAACGAGAAAAGUGGCUUGUUUAUUGGGCAGCACAUGGAACAUUCAGUCUUCUCGAAGUGUUUUCCGAUAAGCUGAUUUCCUGGGUCCCAUUCUACUAUCAUGUGAAGUUUGCUUUUCUCUUAUGGCUCCAGCUUCCGUCCAAUAAUCAGGGUGCAAGCCAUUUGUAUAGAAGGCACAUACGCCCCUUCUUGUUGAAGCAUCAAUAUAAAUUUGAUCUAUUGCUCAACUACACAUCUGGCGAAACCAUAAAAUUUCUUGUUGCUCACGAAAUUGAAAUCCAGUGCUUGAAGGACUUGAUUAUGAAAGGCGCAAGAACAGCUAACCAAAUGCUGAAAGACUUCAGACUGUUUCAAUUCCAAGGUGGAGAGGGUCCGAAUGCGCCCACAAGGUUAGCAAUUCAGGACUCUGAUGAUAUAAACAAUUAGUCAUAAUGUUGUCUAUCGGUUUGUUUGAUUCCGGAUUACUUAGGUUUUUAUGGUUUUGAUUUAAGUUUGGUCUGAACCUUAUGGUCAUGCAAAAUGUAUAGCUAAUCCUGUUUUCUUUUUAUUUUUAUAGUCCUCUGAAGCUUUUUGAGAAUUUGGACCUUGUUGACUUAUUUUAUGUGUUUGCAUCA